AUCAAAGUGUUCAGUCUACGUUGAGCGGCAGUGUUGGGUGGUCGAGUAGCGGACAGACAGUGCGGUGCGUAGUACGUAAUAUAGCUGUCGGUGUAUUUGAUUGUGUUACUGAACCGCGGCGUUACUAUCGGGCUCUUAACAACAUCGUCAUAUAGGAGCCAUUACUGUUAAAUGUAGUGAAAUGUGAGGACAUACUCUCUAAAAAAAUAAACACAAAUAUUUAAAAGUUGAUAUUAUUAAAGUGAACUUUAUUUAUAAAUUUGAAUUUAUAUUGUAGUGACGGUACAAUGCAUACUGUAAUGGAAGUGGAAACAAGUGUCCCGGCAUUUCUUGGGAAACUUUGGAAAUUAGUCGAAGAUCCUGAGACUGACGACCUUAUUUGUUGGGCACCCAAUGGAAGAAGUUUUUUCAUCAGAAAUCCGGCACAAUUUGCCAGAGAACUAUUACCCCAUUAUUACAAACACAAUAACAUGGCUAGCUUUGUUCGACAAUUGAAUAUGUAUGGAUUCCACAAAAAAGUGUCCGUUGAACUUGGAGGUCUAAAAUGCGAACGAGAUGAAAUGGAAUUCGCGCAUCAGUAUUUUAUUAAAGAUCAUCCUUAUUUAUUAGAACACAUCAAAAGAAAGAUUGCAUCUAGUAAAAGUCAAGAUGGACAUCCACCAAUAAAAACAGAAGUAAUGAAUAAAGUUAUGAGCGAAGUGAGAAGUAUGAGAGGACGCCAGGAACACAUGGACACAAGACUUGGUGCUAUGAAGCGAGAGAACGAAGCAUUGUGGCGGGAACUGGCAAUGUUGAGGCGAAAGCAUCUCAAGCAGCAAGAAAUAGUCAACAAGCUUAUACAUUUCUUAGUAACACUCGUACAGCCAUCGAGAAGUGGUGGGCUUCCGGUGAAAAGGCGAUAUCCGUUGAUGAUUGACAAUCAUCAACGCAGCAAACAGAUGAAAGUAGAUAAACUUAUACCCGAGGCUUCUCCUACGGGGCCUGUGAUCCAUGAGCUUGAUGCUACUGAACACGAGCACCAUGUUGAUGAUCUUAAUUCCGAGUACAUCGUUGCUGAGAUGCUGGAAAAUCACAACGCAAGUGUCCAAAGUCCAGAAUCAAUUGCUACGUUAAACGACGAACAUAUUGAAACAGUUCAUUUCUCUCCAAACGCGCCAAUAAGUAACGAUCCAUCAGAAAUUCAGGAAACGUCUGCUAAGAAAAAAAUUGUUUUGAAGCCAAAAAAGAAGAGGAAAAACACCGUGCCUGUCAAAAUUCUGAUUCCAUCGACGAAUAUCGGAGAAGAGCCCAGGGAAGAAACGCUAAUGCUUGAAGUCAAUCCAGAAGACAUUCAAACGCCGACACAAGUGGAGAACGCAACGACCAAGUUGCAGAAAAAACCGGUCCCAAUCAAGACUGUUAGAAGUUCAAAGCUCACCGCAAUGGCAGCUAAUAUCAACAAGAUGAACGAUUCAUCAGAAUUGGAUGAAGACUCUGACGAAGUUGACAAUGAUCUCAAAGAAGCUCCGGAGAUCUCCGUCGAGUCACGUAACGUUGAUCUGGGUGAUAUGCUUAUUAUUCCAGACAUCCUACUCAACCCUGAUGGUUCUAUAAUUGAUAUGAAUAAAUCAGUAGAAUAUAAAGGUGACACCCAUAAGGAAGAAAACUCUUCGACUGAUAAAUUGAAGCAACACGCUUUGGAAGCGACUCAACAACAAAGGACAGCUAUUUCGAGCAACAAUGGUGAUCCAGGCUCCAGCAGCAAGUCCAAUAAUUUGUCAUUGAGUUGUGUCAGUCCUUCGAAUAUGUCUAGUACUGCUUACAGGUUAGGAUCGAUGGAAGAAAUGGAUAAUCAUCUAGAAGCAAUGCACAACGAUUUGGAAAAUUUGCGUGAAAUGUUACUCAAUGAAGGUUACACUAUUGACGCCAAUACGCUGAUGGAGGUACGUUUGUUUGGUAGCAAUGAUCCAAUGUCAUUCGGAAUACCAGUGAAUCCCGAAUUAAAUCCAACACAUCACGACAAAGAUCAAGAUCCAGUAGAUGCUAAUGGUGCAACUGGUGGUGAACUAAUGGCGUAUACUCCAUCCAGUUUCAUAGAUUUUGACGAUGACAUGCUUUUAGCCGCCAACAAUUUAGGCGCUGAAAACGUCGAUGGUCAAAAUAUAACAAAUGAAUUUUACAACACCGAUUCAUUGGAUCUAGAGGACAGCAAAGCUUCACUACUCGACUCUUUGGUCUCGGGGAACGGAAAUUCAUCGGCAAACUUAUAAAUUCGUUGUCACUUAUUGUUGCUUAUGAAGAAUAACUGACGGAUAAGGCUGUCUAUUAUAAACUCAUCUUUUGAAAUUAAUGGAAAAUAAUAAAUAAAUAAACAAUAUUAUAAUAAUAACUACGUUAAGUCCUAUAUAAGUAAUAUUUACAAGUACGUGGAACGCACUUUGGUAGCAUAUUAAAAAUAAAGGCAGUUUUAAAUAUUCAAAGUACUGAGUAGAUAAUAAAAUUACGAUGAAAA